UAUUGUCUGGCUUUGUGGUUUUGUUCGUGGCUUUAGUUUGCAGAUGAAGCUCUCUGCUGCACCUGUGAAGUCGCGUGAGCUGUCACGUGUCACGGGGGCAGUGAUUGACAGCUACAAUCGUGGUCCACGGCGAAAGAAAAGGCAGAUGACGACAUUUUUGUCAAUUGGUGGUGAAUUCUCAUUUACACUUGGGUGCACAGGCAGCACGACGUAGGCGAACCACCGACGGCCAGCUAUGCAGACAUGCUGCUGUGGUGAUUUCGGGUACAGCCCUAGCUCGUCAGCUGCAUCGCGAAAUCCAGCGAGAUGUAGAGGAGCUGGUCGCUCAGGGCAACAUGAGGCCCCAUUUGGGUGUCGUGUUUGUGGGGGACGACCCUGCCAGCCGGACCUAUGUUCGGAAUAAGACCAGAGCUGCCAGUGUACUGGGUAUCUCCAGCGACACAGUUCUUCGGCCCAGCUCAGUGUCUCAGGAGGAGCUGCUGGAGCUCAUUGACAAAAUGAACCGGGACUGGCGGGUCAGCGGGCUGUUGGUGCAGCUUCCUCUUCCUGCCCAUAUAAACGAGAGAGCAGUGUGUAACGCCAUCGCUCCCGAGAAAGAUGUGGACGGUUUCCACAUCGUAAACAUAGGCAAGUUGUGCCUGGACCAGAGAUCUAUGGUGCCUGCAACUCCAGCUGCUGUCUGGGAGAUGAUCAAACGAUCAGGUAUUGAGACAGUGGGAAAGAAUGUUCUGGUCGCUGGGCGCUCCAAAAAUGUUGGAAUGCCGAUCGCCAUGUUGCUGCAUACUGAUCGUAACCAUGAGCGCCCUGGAGGGGACGCCACGGUGACCAUCACUCACAGGUGUACACCGAGGGAACGUCUGAAGGAGCUCACCAGCCUCGCCGACAUAAUCAUCGCAGCAGCUGGGGUUCCUGGGCUGAUCACUGCUGAUAUGGUGAAGGAAAGUGCAGCAGUCAUUGACGUCGGUAUAAACCGGAUCCAGGACCCUAAGACAGGAAAAGUACGACUGAUCGGUGAUGUGGACUUUGAGGGAGUGAAGGAGAAGGCCAGCUUCAUCACCCCGGUCCCUGGUGGUGUGGGUCCAAUGACGGUGGCCAUGCUGAUGAAGAACACUGUAACUGCUGCUAGAAAUGCUCUGAUGCAUUAAGAACACGUUCCAUUUUCAGAAUGAUCGCCAGCUCAUACUGUCUAUGCAUUGCCAUUAUUUUUGUUUCAAACUCCAUAACUGCUGGGAAACUUACUUGACAUGUACUUUCUUAACAUUUCCUAUUUAUUUAUUUAUUUCCUGUUAUUUAUUUAACUUUUUAUGAAUUCAGAUCAAUAUUUUUUCUACUGAAGUCAUGAUGAUUCAUUUUUGAACCAGAAAUAAAACA